AUGAUUGUUCAUGCUCAACAGGAGAUCCGACGUUCCGCGGGCAUCCCAGCUCGCCAGGUCGAGGAGGUCAAUGACCUCCUCAUGCAGGCCGGCCGGAAGUUCAAUUUGGCCGUCAAGUCUAUCGUCGACGAUUGGGCUGAGUUGUCUCUUGAGAACGACGAACUCAAGCAGACGGUCGCCGGCUGGACGAAGGACCUCGAGUCUCAGCGGGAGGAGGUCAGAUCUACCAACCGAUACAACUUUGACCUUCGAUGCCAUCUCCGAGCCUACAAGGACCGAGUUGACAACUUCCGCCACGAGACGCACAAGUUCAUGGGUGAAUUCAAGAAUGUGAAUGUUCUCGAGGACGAGAGGUCUGAUAUCGACCGUAUCAACCUUGUCAAGAAAGUCCUCGCUCAAAUCCAGAACAAGGAAUCACUUUUCUCCCUUCUCGAUCCGGUCAGCGCGGGCUCCGGCGCCGAUGAUUCUCCCCGCUCGAGCAAGUGCUCUUUGCUCGAUAAGGCUCAGGAGGCUUGGAACACCAAGGAGAAGACCAAUCCCGGUUCCAAUGUGCCCCCGAACUCCGGUUCGAAGAGCCCCGUUAACCGUUUCUCGAGUGAUGAUCUUCGUGAGCGUCUCGGAAAGUUGAAGGGUAUUCCGUACGUGAGUGGCGUGCCCCGACCUCCCCCUACCAUGUGGGCCAAGGACCUUGAGGAGCAGCGUCAUCGUGAUUCCGGUAAGCAGGGUAAGCCCCAGCACGUAUCUUUCAAGAAUCCGGCUCCUAGCAGCGGCGGCCUCUUCUCCCCCGUCGAGGAUGAGGACGACGACCGGCCGCACGGCCGGUUUGGUGGUCGUAGGCGGCCAGAUCCUUUGGCAAUCUCAUCGGGAUCACCAAUCAGCAGUCAAGCUCUUGUUUUGAGGACGGCCCAUCCAAUGCUGCGACUCGGCCGUGGCAGUGGCAACCGAUCCCGUCUUAUCAAUCAUCGUCCAUUCGAGCGACCUCCCAUCACUCAAUUUGAUGAUGACAGAUCCACUCCUCUCGAACCUCCCCAUCGCGGCAGGAACCGAAUGGUGCCUCAAACCCCCAAGUCCGCCAUCCAAGCCGGUUUUCCUCAGGGCUCGCGCUCAUUCCGCCCCGAGGCGGCUGAGUUUCGCCCCGGUGCCUUGCCCGGAGCAGGAGACUUCGCGACUCAGUGGCCCAGCCGGUCUAACCCCCCGCCCUCCUCCAACGCCGGCGGAUUUCGUCCCCUCCAUCGCCGCGGUCCUGCCCGCAUCAACGCCAGUCCUACUCGUAGGCCCCAUCCACCAGCGGAUGUGAACGCCAAUUCGCAACCUCCUAUUACCCCCGUGGGCCGUGGCGACCAGAACAUCUUCAACGGACCGCCUCCACAUCGACCCCGCCACAACAGGCAUCCUCACCGUGAGACUCUCGACGGCCGUGCCUUUACUGGUGUCAAGAAUGCGUACAAGGAGUUUUUGCAACUCGCCCGUGGCUGGGUGAACGAGUAUGCAGGAAAUGUCGAUGCGCGGCAAUUCCUUCUCCUUAAGGGCACCGACACGUGGGAGAGCCUUCUCGCGACCUAUCCCACUCUCACACACCGACAGGCGUCGGCAUAUGUGGAUGUCCACAUCAAGGACGUUGUUUACCGCCCAUUUGUGAUCACCCGAUUGAUUAUCGACUUCUUCAUGUCGAGGGUGUGGAAGUGGGACGCGUGGAAGCGUUUCGACAGCGAGUCGAACGCUCAGAUCGACGAGCUGUUGCGAGAGUUGAACCGCGGCGGAGGCCAUCAGCCCGCCUACCAGAACCAACACCUCUUCAAUCGCCAGGGAGACAUCGUCUCCCGAAUCGUCGCGCAUCCCACAUACGGCGGCUAUCGGGACUCGCGAGUGCGUCGAAUUUGCGAUGAGCUCAGCCGCAUGCUCGAACCCGUCUUGAAUCGGUUCGUGACCUCCGAUAAGGCGUUCGCGGAGCUCAAGCUUGUGAUCGAGCAGGGAUGGGAGGUCGGCAGGGAGAUGGCUCUUGCCCGCGUGCGAUUUAACUAUAGGUUUCCCAACACUGGCGAGAGGUUCACUACAACUUCUAUGAAUGCGAUCCACCCCCAUCGCAACCCCAACGAGCUCCAGAGCGAGCACUGGCGAGUCGCCCUGGUUGCCUCGCCGGCCAUCACGUGCGUCAAGGAUACUGGACGCAGCAUCGCGGCGUACGACUUGUUCCUCGCCGACGUCCUCUGCAUGCAGUAA